AUGUUGGUGGGUUAUUGGGAUCCAAGAGGUGAUCUACCAGGAGCUCUGUUGUGGGUUCUUUUUGAAAGCCAGCUUCAAAAAGGAGUCGAGGAUCUGGGCUGUUUGAUCAGUGUUUUAUUUUCACCUGGGAGGCGUAUAUGGAUUUGCAUUGUUGAGGAGACUCUGAGUGGUCAUUUUUAUGCAUUUUUAGAUUAUUGUAUCACUACUCCUACCCAGAAGUAUGACUUUAUGAAGAGACUGGUCUCAUCCACCAUUUGUCACAGACAGGAGUGUGACAAGGUUCCUCUUUGUGAACUUUUUUACAUGUGUGCCCCACUUGAUGGAGGUUCGUCUUCAUUGUCCUUUCGCCCUUGCUAUUUACAUGUCUGGGGGAUGCUUCCUAUGCCUAUCCGGGAGCUAAGUACUACAACUUUCGGAAAGAUACAUGUUUUCACUAAGGAGUCGGGGCACCCUUGGAGGGUACCAAAGGAUGACAUCAUCGAACUAACUCCGCAGGUGAAACUGGAGGUUGAGCCUACCUUUGUCAGGCGUCAGAGACCCAAGAAUGUGGAUCCUGAUCAUCCAUAG